CGGAAGUGCGCGGUUGUUUUUGUUUUGAAUGAAGCGAGUAGCAUGAGCAUAUGGAUACGAGGAUAACUAUAGUCUAAAGCACCGUCCUCAUGAUGAACUUCGAGGGUCUGGACCCGGGUUUGGGCGAUUAUGCGCCUGGCCUGCAUGGUGGCCUGGAGCCCGGUCUGGACUCUUCCCUGGACCCGCGGCUCGACCCGGCGCUACUGCAGGGUGUGGAGAUCGACCCCGAUGGGCUGGCUGUGUCAGAGUCUGUGCACAUAGUGGAAGGCAUGUACUCGGAGUUGCACAGCGUGGCAGCUGAAGUCGGGAUCCCUGUGACAGCCACACACUUCGAUCUGCAGGAGGAGUUGCUCUGGAUGGGGAACCACCGGGGACACGCGAGUUCCUUCUUUGGGCCGACAAUGGGCCGCUACUCGUCUUUCCAGGUGCACAUGACUGACGACAUUCGCCAUAUCCAGAGUAUGGACACGGGGGUGCUGUUCCUGACCAAAAACAACCUCAGAUGCCUCACACGAGGAGGUUUUAUCAUGUUUGAUUAUCCAAUGGAGGAGGGUGCUGACAUGCACAGCUUGAUUCUUACUGAAAAUAACACCUUGUUAAUGGGAGGCCUGCAGAACUAUGUGGCUGAACUGGACCUCACCACAGUGCAGGAAACUCAAAAAUUUACUGUUGAAGUGCCUGGUGUCGCCAUCAUGAGACAAACUAGUCGUUUCUUCUUUUGUGGUCACACAUCUGGCAAGGUGUCUCUUCGUGAUCUGCGCACGUUUAAAAUGGAGCACGAGUUUGAUGCAUUCUCCGGCAGCCUGUCUGAUUUCGACAUUCACGGUAACCUGUUAGCGGCAUGUGGUUUCUCAAGUCGCGGUCUGAACGGGCUGUCCUGUGAUCGGUUCCUCAUGGUGUACGAUCUGCGCAUGAUGAGGGCCGUCACCCCAUUGCAGGUCCACGUGGACCCCCUAUUCCUCCGCUUUAUCCCCACAUACACCUCCCGCCUGGCCAUCAUUUCACAAACAGGUCAGUGUCAGUUCUGUGAGCCCACCGGCCUGGCCAGCCUGGCUGAUAUCUUCCACGUCAACACAGUGGGCCAGCUGCUGAUGAGCUUUGACGUGUCCUCCAGCAAGCAGGCUCUGUCAUUCGGGGACUCGGGCGGCUGUGUGCAUCUGUGGUCCAGCGCCCCUGAGGUGUCCUAUAACAGCUACUCUAGAGACACAGAGCUGGCGCUGCCCUGCCUGGUGGACUCACUGCCGCAGAUGGACUGGAACCACGAGCUGAUGCCUCUGUCUCUUCUGCCAAUGCCUCUCACCAGCACUGAGCCUCUGCUGUCUGACUGGCCCACCGCCCUCAUCGCACCCAGCCCCAGACGAGCGCCUCCAGUAGACCCAGAGAUUCUGAGGACAAUGAAAACUGUGGGAUUUAUUGGAUACGCACCAAAUCCUAGAACCCGUCCCAGAAACCAGGUUCCAUAUAAGAUAAAAGAUGUCGAGCUUGACUAUGACAGCUAUAAUCAGGUGCCGGAGUCUCCCAUUGGUCGAGACGAGGAGCCACAUCUUUACAUGGUGCCAAAGAAAUACAGGAAGGUGACCAUUAAAUAUUCCAAACUGGGACUGGAAGACUUUGAUUUUAAGCACUAUAAUCGGACUCUGUUUGCUGGUCUGGAGCCUCACAUACCCAACGCUUACUGUAACUGUAUGAUCCAGGUUUUGUACUUCCUGGAGCCCAUCAGGUGUCUGGUACAGAAUCACCUGUGUCAGAAAGAGUUCUGCCUGGCCUGUGAGCUGGGCUUCCUCUUCCACAUGCUGGACCUGAGCAGAGGAGACCCCUGUCAGGCCAGUAAUUUUCUCCGGGCUUUCCGGACAAUUCCCGAGGCAUCUGCUCUGGGUUUAAUCCUGGCUGACUCCGAUGAGCAGACUGGGAAAGCCCGUCUGGGCCGUCUAAUCCAGAGCUGGAACCGUUUUAUUCUUGCACAGCUGCAUCAGGAAACGCUCGAGCAGGAAGGGCCGCAGGCGUACAGAGGAGCCAGCAGCAGCAGUGUGCUGAGCUCCUCAGGGGAGUCUGUGAUUAGCCGGUUGUUUGGCUGUGAAGUGGAGAACAGCAGUCUGUGUUGUUGUGGAAAGGAGACGGUUCGCUCUUCAUUGACGCUGCUGUUUACCAUGCAUUACCCCGAGCAGAGCUCCCUGGAGAAGAAGAUAGAGGAAUAUGAAUUUGUAGAUAUUCUGAGGAAGAGUAUCUGUCUGGAACAGAGCACACAGGCCUGGUGUGACAACUGUGAGAAGUACCAGCCAACAGUGCAGACCAGGAACAUUCGCUGUCUGCCUGAUGUUCUGGUGAUAAACUGUGAGGUGAACAGUGCAAAAGAGGCAGAAUUCUGGAAGGCACAGACUGAGUAUGUGUUCAACAAAGCUUUGAAGAAAGAAGCAGCCGAACCUCCCAAACCUAAAGAGCCUUUACCCACAGAAUGGUGUUUGGAAGAAGAGCUGUGCAAUGUGGAGGGCUUGACCUUUGACACUCAAGCAGAAGACAUGAGGCAUGUGUGGAUUCCUCUCAGUCUGAGGAUGUGCAUCAGUAAAGCUCAAGGCCUGGAGGUCAGCAGCCUAACUGAGGGAGAGGAGCUGACUGAAAGUGAAGAGGCAGAAGGAGUGUCCAUCUACGAUCUGUUUGUCACUGUGUCGCAUGUCCAGGACACUCGGACUGGAGGAAACAUGGUGGCGCACAUCAAAGUGGGCGAGACUUAUCAUCAGCGCAAAGAGGGAGUCACACACCAGCAGUGGUAUCUGUUCAAUGAUUUUCUGAUUGAGCCCAUUGAUAAGGCUGAAUCGGUUCAGUUUGAUGUGAACUGGAAGGUUCCUGCUGUACUUUAUUACAUCAAGAGGAACUACCACACCAAGUUUGAUUUGCGCAUUAAGAACCCUAUCGAGGCAAGCGUUCUGCUGACGGAGGCUUCUUUAGCACGAAAACAGAGGAAGAGUCACGCCACCUUCAUACCCCUCAUGGUGAGCGAAAUGCCACAGGUUGGAGACCUUGUCGGAUUGGAUGCAGAAUUUGUCACUCUCAACCAGGAAGAGGCAGAACUGCGCAGCGAUGGAACUAAGUCCACUAUUAAACCCAGCCAGAUGUCUGUUGCUCGUAUCACUUGUGUGAGAGGCCAGGGACAAAAUGAAGGAGUGCCGUUCAUUGAUGACUACAUAUCUACACAGGAACAGGUGGUAGACUAUCUGACCCAGUAUUCUGGUAUCAAACCUGGAGAUUUGGAUGCAAAGAUUUCCUCGAAACACCUGACUACUCUGAAAUCCACAUAUCUUAAAUUGCGGUUUCUUAUUGACACUGGGGUUCGCUUUGUCGGGCACGGCUUACAGAAGGAUUUCCGGGUCAUAAACCUGAUGGUCCCAAAAGACCAGGUGAUCGACACUGUCUACCUCUUUCACAUGCCUAGGAAACGAAUGAUCUCUCUGCGGUUCCUUGCAUGGUAUUUUCUUGAUUUGAACAUCCAGGGUGAAACUCAUGACAGUAUUGAAGAUGCGCGGACUGCUUUGCAGUUGUACAGGAAGUACCUAGAGCUGAGCCAUAAUGGAGGACAGGAGGAGUUCCGGAAGGUUCUCAAGGCUCUCUAUGAGAAAGGACGCAAGCUAGACUGGAAAGUUCCAGACAUCGAUUCUGCAGAUGGUCAAGGUAGCCCAAAAAGCACAGCCGUAUUUCCCUCAGUGAUGGGUUUAUGAUUGGAUCUGUUGGAUAUAUUCCUGCCAAACAGAUGCCAGCUCUCCAGCACUUCUUGUAUAGACUUUCGGUGUUCUCUUCCAACACUGUUUCAUCCAAAUUGCCACCUGAUACAUAUAUUUCAUGUUGCACAUCUGAAAUAAGGCAUGUUUUCUGUCCUAGAAAAAAGUCUGCCAUUUGAAAACUGAACAAUGAACAAUUCACCAUGCCAGUUCCUAGUCUAUAUCUGGUCUGUCAGGAAGAAAGUACACAAACAAAUCAUGAUUUCAACACCUGUAAGAGCUCGUUCAAGUGUUUCAUGCUUGCUUGUUAAUGUUGUGUUGGAAAUUGCUCUCAUUCUGAAAAUGAAUAUGGAUCACGCAGUCUGUGGAUUUACUGGCUUGUUUUCUAUUUUGUAAAAUAUGUUGUACUUUUUCAUAAUGUGGCAGCUGAAUAAAAAACCUUUGGAUAAA